GCGACGUUAAUCAGUUCAGCAAUCGCCUACUUCUUUCGCAAACAGCCACCGGCUAUUCCACCCUCCAAACGCAUCCGCUGUCUCCUGUCCAGCACUGUUGCCACGAUCUGACUAGUUUGUGCCUUCCCCACUUAGCAUCGCCACCCCCCUCACCAUCAUUUUCCUUAUCAAAACCGCCACCGUCGCCAGGGUCAGUGUCGCCCCUACUACUGACCACGACAGAGACAUCCUAUUUAAGCUCGUCCCAACAAAUUAGAGCUCCUCCUGUCCAUGUCCAAUCUGACAAGAUUUGGAUUGCUGCAGCUGAGCCAGAGCCUCGUGGCUGCGUGACAUAUCAGGUCGGAGCUUGUUGUGAAACGCGACAUCAGGCAACCCUCAAGUCGGAUACGGGUAUUCGUUAUGCUCUGGAAAGUGGGAAAUGUUGUACCGGUUGCGGCCGGAACAGUAAAGUUGGUGUUGCGACCGAAGAUGGGAGUGUUGAGGGCAUUGAUACUGCUGCUGAUUCUUCGAUUCUGUUGUUAAAAGGGUCACCCGUUGACGAAAUGACUGCAAAUAGAAUGCCAAUACGU